UUCCAUCGCCAUUGCUAGUCUUCAAUAACACGCCAAGCUCAGAGCCUUUCGAAUUUACCACCUCCAUUUUUGCUUAAACCUCAGUUCUUCCAGGGGAAGAGGAAAGGAAGCUAUGGAAAUCCCAGUCCAGCAGAAGAAGCUUUCACUCGAUAUUAAGGGAAAUAAAACAGAUGUAGUCAUAUGUGCCUAUGAUGACCAUUUUAUGGUUAUAGCUACUCAAAUAGGAAGCAUGGGUACAAUAUUGCAGGCCAGGAAGGAGGAAGGGGUGUCGAUCCAUCCAACCUUUAGUGUUUCUGUAUUACUGGGUAAACGCGAUGAGCCCAUGCUGGUUGCAUGUGCUCGGCAGAUUAUUGAACACAUAAGUAAUGCCGGAUCUUCUAGGUCUUUGGUUUUAUCUCUUGGACUACGCGACCAUUCUCUGCCCACUUUGAAGGGUAUCGUUUCGGCUGUCACUGAGAACUGCCUUUGGUGACCUAUACUGUCAAUUUUGGAUUGUUCAUAGUUGUAAUAGCCAGAAGAGAGAAACUUAAUGAUUAAUUCAGUCCUGUGAAGUGUUUAUGCUUACUCCUUAAUGAUGUUCUAUUAUCAGCAAGACUUCUCUAGACUGUAAAAAAAGUGUUUCUAUUGGUGUCCUUAUUGAAAGAGGGGCUUUACGACUCGUCUUUAUAAAUGCAUUUAUUGUGAUCA